AUGCAGUCGACGACUCUCUUCCCGGCGCCAUCGACCGCAUCGUCGCGGUUCUACAAGCUCUGCGCUCAAAUUCUCCAACCCUCUUUCCGCCGACAUCAAUCAUCCUACAGACGAACAAGAUCCCGACUCAAUAUUAAGCCAGAUCCGGAUUUCCUACCUUCCAAGACCGAGCUACACGAUCACAUCAUCUUCAACCCUCCUCCGAGCAUGCCCAAUGUCUACCACACGCCCAAUAUCUUCCUUCCUAAGAAUGACCGCAGAAAAGUGUUUCCAGACCCCGAAACCCAACACACACUCCUACAAUCGGCUCAGCAGCUUCCAGCCAUCCCUGGGCAGACGGAAAAAAGAUACCACUUGACGGAGAAGGACCUAGCGGAGAUGCGGGAAUUGAGAAGGACAGACCCUACGCAAUGGAGCGUCAGUCGGCUAUCGAAGAAGUUUGACUGUUCUCCGGUUUUUACACACUUGGUCGUCGAGGGACUGGCGCCCGAGCAAGGCAAAGAGCAGAAGAUGGUGACCGACAUAGUCAAAUCGAACUGGGGCAAGAAAAGAAGGGAGGCACGUGAGGACAGACAGAUCAGAAAGGAACGCUGGUAUAGAGAUGCCUGA